CAAACCGAUCCGGCCGCAGCUGACACUAGAGACGUGUUGCCAACUGAUCAGGCUAAUCUUACGGGGACGCAACAGGAUGGUCAGGAACAUCGGGAGAGUGAUGAGGAAGUGGAAUCCUCGAACGCUAACCGUGAUGGUGACCAGCAUGAGAGAGUGGCCGAUGGAACGGCUAAUGUGCCCGCAACACUGUCCAAAGAGGACUUGUUAGAGGCCAUGAAGGUAAUGCGGACUCAGGUUGCGGCUAUGGUGCAACUGUUCACGCCACUAGUGAACUCCUCGGUUGGCCAGGCUACGCCUGUGGCUACGACCACCCCCAACACCAAUGGUCCAGUUGUGGAAACGGUUGAGGUGAUCGAGAUCGAUCCACCAGAAAAGUCUGAAAAGAAGGUGGACUAUCUGAGUCUGCUUCAACAUUUAUCCAGGUUGGGUACGAAGCAUUUCUCCGGUAGCACCGACCCUAUUGUGGCAGACGAGUGGAGGAGUAGGCUGGUCCGAAACUUUCAAUCAAUUCGCUGUCCAAUGGAUUACAGACGCGACAUUGCGGUUCACUUCCUGGAAGGGGACGCGCAUAACUGGUGGCUUGCAGUGGACAAGCGCACCAAUGGGAGUCUGGAAAGUUUUGCGGACUUUGAAGUUGAAUUCAACCGCAAAUACUUCCCUGCUGAGGCUUGGGAUCGUCUGGAAGCUCAGUUUCUAGAUUUGGCCCAAGGCCGCAGGACCGUACGGGAGUACGAAGAAGAGUUCAACCGGCUCA